GUCGCAACAGGAUUUUUUACAAACUGGACUCAUUAUUUGUUCUGCAAUAUAAUGAAUUAUCAAGCGAAGCGCGUAAUGCGCCAAAAUUCAGUGUCCGUUGCAGCUAGUGAUGUGAUAGGCGUCGCCUCACCUAUUAUGGCAUCGACAACAUCUGCAGCCGGCACACCUCAGUUACAGAAUCUCGAGGACAACAAACCUAUGCACGUCCAUCGCCAGGUGAUAUUGGUGCAGAGUGGCAACGUGCCGCAAACUCAGCAGCUGCAGAACGUAACAGCUUCAGCUGCUAACCAAAAUCAAAAUCAAACCCAAAAUGCAAGUAUGGCAGCCGCCCAAAUUGCGGAUGAUGCGCCCGUCUCGCUCCUCACGGAAAUUGCGGAUAUAAUGCGAAGCUUUGGAGACAGCGAUCAGCCACGAACUGCCAGCGUGAAGCUGGUGGAGCAGAUACUACAGCAGCAGCUACGUGGAAUAUUCAACGAAGCCUCUUUGGUGGCUAUGCGCCGAAAACAGAAUCCCUGCCCGUCACAAGCGGACUUCGAGUUCCUGAUGCGAAACCAUCCCGUAAAGAUAGCGCGAAUGCGAAAACACUUAAAGGACAUGCGUAUAUUGAAGCGCUUUCUGAGCAUACGCACUGGCAGGCCGCAGGACUUUAUGGACGAUCUGGAGCAGCCAGACGAGGACGAAGAGCUGGCCAUCGAGGUGCAAGAGCUACAUGACGAGGAUCGCAUGCGUCGUUUGUUUCGUGCGGAUCGCAUUUCCCAAAUACUUACGGGUCAGCAGUAUCUAGAAUUUAAUGAAGCGCGAAAAACUUCGUUCUACUGUCGUCAUGGCGAGAAAAUCAAGAAUAAGUUCAGAAGAUUUCUGGAUUUACCCGCCGAUCUGCGCAUACCGACACCAACGAUGAACAUCUUGGCCUAUCUGGCCCACGAGACCAUUGCGGCGAUUGUGGACUACUCGAUCCUGACCCGCUUGAACUCAGAUAACCGCAUCACGGAACCCUAUAGCCGCGUUACCUCUGCCGGCGGCAGUCCUUCUAUGAUGCAUGUCUGUCCAGAGGUAACCCAGGGCCGCGGCAUGGAGGUGGUCAAGCCCAUAAGUGUGCAGGAAAUACACGAAGCGAUGCGCCGGUUUCGACAAAUGAGCAAUCGCAAAAUUGGGCGUUAUCGCAAUUCAUGUGACAUUGACUUUAGGCGUAGUUUUCUGGCGAUUUAAGUAUUGGAAUCAGAUAGGUAUGC